GUUUUUGUUUUUUGAAAACUAUAAAUAGAGCAUAGUACUACUGGUGGAGUAGUGAAAAUAGAGCCAAAAAAAUCAGUUCAAAGCAUCAAUGGAAAACGUGGGAUCAACCUCCGCCGCCGACGAUAAUACGCCGGCGCAACCAAUCUCCUCCUCGACUCCUCUGGUCCCUUCAUUUCCAGACCCUUCCGUCAGUACAACUGAAUCGCGGAAACGCGGAAGACCAAGCCCUGGGAUGACUACUCCUUCACCGUCUCAGGUCGCCGGUGGACUUUCGUCUCCUACGCAGCCGCAGGCAGAUGGAUCGAACCCUGGGAUGACUACUCCUCCACCGUCUCAGGUCGCCGGCGGUGGACUUUCGUCUUCUGCGCAGCCGCAGGCAGAUGAAACGGCGGUUUCUACUGGGAAUAAGCAGCAAAGCGUUGAUUUGGGAUCAGAAGUAGCAGCUCUUGGAUUUAUGCAAUCACACGUGAUCAACAUAAAAACUGGGGAGGAUAUAUUGGUCAAAAUAAUGUCAUUCUGCGAAAGUACCUCUAAAUCAGUGUGUGUUCUGUCAGCCAAUGGUUCCACAUCUAGUGUAUCACUUCGCCGACCAUAUCAAUCUGUAACAUAUAAGGGAGUGUACGACAUCCUUAGUCUGACUGGUUUCUUCUUUGUCUUGGAAUCUGGUGGUCGGCGCAGCAGAGAAGGUGGCUUGACUGCGAUACUUGGUAAUGAAGAAGAUGGUGAUGUUUGGGGAGGCAAUGUGGAUGGGCUCUUUACAGCAGCAACUGAUGUUCAGGUUAUUGUUAGUAGCUUCAGCACAGGAAAACAGGUGCAGCAGGUGAAGUCAGACAACUUUGGUACACCAGCAACAUUAAGUCCUAUGUCAGUUGGAAGUUUAAGUGGGUCUGUGAGCCCUGAUAGUCCGCUUAUUGUAACUAGCAAGAGAAGCCCUACUGGAGUUGCUUCUAGGUUGCCCUUUUAAAAAAGGGAUGUCAUAAUACCAUUGGAAAAGCUGUGUAAUGUGAAAAUGGAUUCUGCAGCUUAGCAAUUCUUUUUCAUAUGGAUUGAGCAACAGUUAUCUUUUUUGUACAAAUAUAUGCACAGAAAACAUUAUUCUACUUUUACUUCACA